AUGGGGGCGAUGUUUCGGAGCGAGAAGAUGGCCUUGUGCCAGCUCUUCAUCCAGCCUGAAGCCGCUUACGCUUCUGUGUCCGAACUGGGAGAAUUGGGCAUUGCUCAGUUUCGGGAUCUAAAUCAUGAUGUGAAUGCCAUGUUGCGCAAGUUUGUUAAUGAAGUUCGACUAUGUGAUGAGCUUGAACGCAAGCUACGAUUUUUUGAGGCUGAGAUCAUCAAGGAUGAAGUACCAAUUCCUGAUGUAGAGGACAACCCAAAGGCACCUAACCCAAGAGAGCUUGUCGAUCUGGAGGCAAAAUUUGAGCAGACGGAGAAUGAAUUACGGGAACUGAGUCAGAAUGCAGUGAAUCUGAAGCAGAACUUCCUGGAAUUGACAGAACUGAAGAAUGUGCUGGAUAAGGCAGAGGGAUUUUUUAAGAAUCUGGAAGUUGCAAAUGCCUCUGACCUGCAGACUAGGGCACUCAUGCAGGAUGAGCCUGACAGUGGGAACCCUGAUAAGGGUAGCCUGGGAUUUGUUGCUGGAGUUGUACCUAAAGCGAAGGUUCCAGGAUUUGAGAGAAUGCUGUGGAGAAUAUCACAUGGAAAUGUGUUCUUGCGACAGGCUGACUUAGAAGAACCCUUAGAAGAGCCAAAGACAGGCAACAUGGUACAGAAGACAGUGUUUGUGGCCUUCUUUCAAGGCGAACAGUUGAGACUCCGGGUGAAAAAAGUGUGUACAGGUUUCCAUGCAGCACUGUACUCAUGUCCAACUGUUGCAGAAGAGCGUGCUGAUAUGUUAUCUGGUGUCCGCACCCGCCUUCAAGACCUAACAGUUGUUCUAAAUCAAACUAAAGAUCACAGGCAGAGGGUACUACAGUCUGUUGCUAAAGAGCUGAACAGAUGGACAAUGAUGGUACGCAAGAUGAAGGCUAUUUACCAUACUCUCAAUGGUUUCAAUAUGGAUGUCACAAGCAGAUGCCUUAUUGCAGAGUGCUGGGUGCCUGUGAAUGACCUACCAAGGAUGACUCAAGCACUGCAAGAUGGUGGGGUUGCUUCUGGAAGUUCUGUAGCUUCAUUUCUUAAUAUAAUUGAAACGUCAGAUACUCCACCAACAUACGUUAGAACAAAUAAGUUCACAGCAGGAUUUCAAACCCUUAUUGAUUCAUAUGGAUCCAUAACAUACCAAGAAGUUAAUCCAGGAUUGUUUACAAUUAUUACAUUCCCAUUCUUGUUUGCAAUAAUGUUUGGAGAUUCUGGACAUGGACUCAUUCUGUUUGCUUUUGGAUUGUAUAUGAUUCUCACUGAAAAGCAGCACUUGAAAAAGAAAAUUACAAAUGAGAUUUGGGGCAUCUUCUUCGCUGGACGUUACAUUAUAGUUUUAAUGGGAAUAUUUUCUGUUUAUACUGGACUAAUAUACAAUGAUAUUUUCUCAAAAUCAAUUAACAUCUUUGGUAGCAAUUGGAAAGUCUCCUAUAAUAGUUCAACUCUCAGAUCAAAUGAUGAACUUCAGCUCAAUCCAGCAACAGAUUAUGGUGAUAACAUAUAUCCCUUAGGCAUGGAUCCAGCUUGGCAGUUGGCUGAAGCAAACAAGAUUAUGUUCCUGAACUCAUUCAAAAUGAAGUUAUCCAUAAUAUUUGGUUUCUUUCAUAUGGGAUUUGGAGUGAUUCUUGGUGUUGUGAACCAUAUCCACUUUCGUAAGCCAAUCAACAUCCUCCUUGAAACUGUGCCCCAAUUUCUUUUCCUGCUGUUGCUGUUUGGAUACUUGGUGUCACUUAUGUUUGCUAAAUGGAUUCUAUAUGGAGCAAAAAAUGAUGAACUGUUGACAAGUGAACAUUGUGCACCAAAUGUGCUCAUCACAUUCAUCAAUAUGCUCCUUUUCAAGGAAUCUGAUGCAUUGUGUAAUAGUGAAGGUGAAGACUGCUGUGAUCCAUACUUUUUUAAUAACCAAAGAAUGGUACAGGCAGUCAUGGUACUUGUGGCACUCCUUUGCAUUCCGUGGCUUCUUCUGGCCAAACCAAUAUAUAUAAUUCGUUCCCAGAAGAAAAAUAGACAGAAAGUCCCCUCAUCAGAAAAUAUUGAGGGAAAUGGAACCAUUGAAAUGGAACAUAGAGAUGAAGAGGCUGGACCAGUGUCUUCUUCAGAAGGAAAUCAUGAUGAUCACGAGGGUGGUGAAACUAGUGAUAUCUUCAUUUACCAGGGCAUACACACAAUCGAGUAUAUCCUUGGAACCAUAUCCCACACUGCCUCAUACUUGCGGCUGUGGGCUCUUUCUCUUGCACAUUCUCAACUGUCUGAGGUGCUGUGGUCCAAAAUUUUCCACAUGGCUCUAGGGAUGGAUUUGGGCUAUGGCGGGGGAGUUUUAAUAUACUUAAUAUUCUGGGCAUGGUCUUUCCUUACUCUUUCCAUCCUUGUACUGAUGGAAGGCCUCUCAGCAUUUCUUCACACAUUGAGGCUGCACUGGGUGGAGUUUAUGAGCAAAUUUUAUACAGGUACUGGCUACCUUUUUACACCAUUCUCCUUCAAAUCUAUUUUGGAACAAGAGGACAAUGAAGCACCAUAGAGAAAUUCUGUGCUGUAUCAGUGUAAAAUAUUGUUUUAUUUAUUCCAUGUAAGAUGUUAUGGUAAAAUGAGAAGCAGUUGCAAAUUUUUGGAACUGCGUAGAGAAAC